AUGAAGUUCACUACUGUCUUCUUCCUCAGCGGUAUUGCGGCCGGCGUCUUGGCUGCGCCGUUUCCCUCCACCGGGAACUUGGAUGCCACUGAUCUCCCGCCCUCAGGCCACGAUGCUUUCAAUCCUCUGCCGGACAGCGAUGCGAGCGCACCGGUCCUCCACGUCCCAGUCUCGCCCGACCAUGGAGCAGGCCCCGCCCAGCAUAACAACAUGGUCUCACCCCGGCAGAUCUUACAUGACGUUUACAACAUUGCCUCCGGUGGGAACGUAAUAACCCCCUGCGUGAAGGAUAUCGAGACCUGCCUGAAGGAGGCGACGGAACUGCUAGGGUAG